AUGGCGGGCUGGGCGCUCGAGCACAAUGAGUUCGCCCUGGCUGCCUGCAUUCCUGGAGGCUUCCACCUGUGCCUGAGAACAGGUGAGAUCCAUGGGUUGAACCGUGCCCUGGUCCAGCUCUGCUGCUCCGCGUGCGCCGCGGGGUCCUGGGUGCUCGGCGCUGCCUCCUGGUCUUCUGCGGAGCUGCUCCUCUUAGGGAGACAGCGGAGCGAACGGGUGCACCCUGAGGACAAGACAGCCUCUGGGAAGUACGCGCCGAGCGGCAGCAACCACGGCAGGCCGUGCUUCACGAAGCGCGCGCAGCGGGAGGGCCAGCUCGUCGACGAGCACGAGGUGCACCUCUACUACUGGCGGCAGGACGACGACCCGGACAUGUCUGGCUGGUGGUUCGGGCAGGAGGUGGGCGGCGAGACCGUGUGGGCGCGGCACGAGUCGUGCGCGCACCUGCCUCCGAAGCGUGGCUGGACUGUCGUCAACGGCGGCCAGACGGACCUCGAGAUGAGCGUGGAGGACGCGGGAGCAGGCAGACGGUCGCCGCUGCAGCCGCGGGCGCAGCCAGCGCCGCCCGCGAUGUCUCCCCGUGCGCGGUCGCCGACGCCAGCGCAGGGCUCCCAGCCGCGGCGCGGGCGCGAGGACGACCUGAGCAGAGAGGCGGGCCCACCGGCCAAGAAGAACCAGCAGAAGGACGAGCCAGGCGUGGUUGAUGGCUGUCCUUGCAGGUUCAACCUACCGCAUCCUUGGGUUCCAGUGCGCUAUGGUAGCUCGUCGAGCACGUUUUAUUAUUGGAACAAGGAGACCCAGGAGUCCACGUGGGAUCUGCCGCCUGGGCGCCACCCUCGGCCUCCACCCUCGCGCGCCCUCAAGGGAUCGGGCGACGCCCUGGAGGGAUAUCCCUGGGCGGUGUUCGACCCGACUCUCCGCAAAAUGAAGGAGCAGUUGCAGCCAAAGUGUGUUGCUCAUCUUCUGGUGGGCAGUACUGCCAAGUUUGCUAAGACCAGCAAGAACUUCGCCGUCAACUUCGCCACGUCCGAUCUUGCCACGGAGUUCAAGUACUGGUUUGUCGGUCAGGACAUGAACAGAAAAUUCGAGUCGACGCUCAAGAUUGGCGCUACUGGGUUCCGCAACGAGUUCGUCAUUCGCUCUGAGUCCGACCACUUCGUGCUGGCCAAAAUUGAUUCACUCCCGCGUCUCCAGCUCACGCCGAACGCGGGACCUGCGCUACUGGGGGAUCACCAUGGAGCUCAUGCAAAAGUGGAUCGACGCUUGCCGCGACUGACAAGUGACGCGACAAGCUUCAUCUACGCCAAGCCGCGAGGGCCUUGCAGCCAGCGUCACCUGCGCGUCUACGGCGCGGUAUUAUGCGGCCUGUGGGGCACGGGCCAUCUCUUCGCGUGCGAGUGCGAGUUCGCGUUGUUUAAGUACUGCGUCAUCAUCUUAGCGCUCGCCCUCUACAUCCUCUGA